CCCAUUUCUAUUUUAUUAGCUUACUCCUCUUUUCUUUCUUCUUUCUUUAUUCUAUUUUUUUUUUUAAUUCAAAUUUUUAAUAUAAAAAAAAAGAUCAUCAAAGAGAGAAUAAUCAAGAUUUAAGCUCUCUUUUUCUUUUUACAAAAAAACACACACUUUCCUUUAACAAACAUCAAAAAAGCAGUAGUCAUUCCUUUUACUUUCUCAUUUACUUGUUCAACAUUGUAACCAAGACAAUACCAUGGCAACCUGUUGUGCAAGACUGAGUAAGGUCUACAUGAUCAUAACCAACACACUCUUCGCUUGCCUUGGGCUAGCAUUUAUCGCAUUUGGAUUGAUAGGCUUCAAAAAUGGGUUUUAUGGAUCUAGUCUUUUCCCUGCAGAUAUAUUUCGAUGGCUAGCGAUUCUGGGAGCCAUCAUUUGUGUAACGGCCAUUUUUGGCGCUAUUGGAGCAUUUAUUAAAAAGAACUUCAUCAUCUAUAUUUACAUGAUCAUCAUUAUCGCUGCUCUCGUUUUACAAGUCCUUAUUGGCAUCAAGCUAUAUCAAGCGGCUGCAAAUGCACCUGCAUACAUGUCAAAGCUUUGGACGUCUUCCAGCAUGUCACAACGCGCUAGUCUUGAGAAUGAGUUUCAUUGCUGUGGAUAUCAAACGAGCCUCGAUAAUUAUGCUCCAACCGACCAAUGUCAACCCACAAAGACUGCUAUGACGCCUCUUCCUAUUUGCGCUGAUUUAUUAAUAGGCUAUGCCAAAACGACCUUUAACAAAGCUUAUCUAGUCGUCUUUGCCGCAUUAGCAUUAGAAAUCUUGGCUAUGUCCAAUGCGAUCACUCUAAUUUGUACCAGCUUUGGUGCAGAUGAAGAAAGCGAGAGACUAGGAUCUGCCUAUACCAUAACUGACGAACAAAAGAAGUACUACGCUGGAUCUCCUGGCGCUGGAUCUUAUAAUGCUUAUUCAGCAGAUACUAUGCAUUCGCCAGCUCGUAGUAAUGGAUAUGAUGCAUACGGACAUCAGGAUGCAAAUGCUUAUCAGGCUGAACAUUACGGAUAUCCUCAGUAUAACUCACAGAGCCGUGGCAAUGCUUAUUAUUAGCCUCUCUAUUGUCUAUACAUACACAUACUAUAUAUAUAUUCUUAUCCCUUCUCUCCCUCCACACCUUUUGUUAUUUUUAUCAGCUUUUUAUUACAACUUAUAUACAUAAAGAACGAUUCCUUUGUUGUUCGCUUUUUGUUUUGUCCAUUUUUUUUUUUUUAGAAUCAAACACAGAAAAGAAAGAAGGAGC